AUGAACUUUGCUGCCCAGUUAUUCUACUCGAGCUACUUGAGCGAGCGACUUGAGCGUUUGUACUCACCCAGGCCUGCACUUAAAGACAGCGAGGAGAAUGACCCCUUUUGGCAGAGAGAGGAGUUGCGUCUGGGCCCCAGUCAGCCUGGUGGUUCUUACAAAUGCUGCCCUGUCAGUAACGGCACUGCAGUCCGCAGACCCACCCUCAUCGAACCAGAGCGGCUGAAGGACUUUGGCGAGGAGGAUCUUCUCAAUGGGGAUGUGAAGGUCUACGAUACCAAGGUGGUGGGGGGUCCUGAGAUCAUCCUCAUGGAGCCCCCCAAAACCAGGCGCAUUAGCGAGUUCAGGAUCGUCCCCAGACCUCCAAUCCAGUACCUCCGCUUUGAGGACAUCAGUGCCGCGGCCUUCAGGAUCCAGACCGAGAUACAGAAGACGCCCUGCACGUACUCCAGACUGUCCAAACAGUACGGGAUGGAGAUCUACCUGAAGAAGGAGCACCUGCACUACACCGGCUCUGUGAAGGAGCGAGGAGCCCUAUACCUGCUCACCUCCCUCACGCAGGAGCAGCAGAGGAAGGGUGUGAUUGUGGCCACCGACUGUAACUUCUCCAUGGCUGUGGCGCACCAUGCAGUGCAGCUGAAGAUCCCAGUGUUUGUCAUCAUGCCGUCCUGCUGCUCCUCACCUCGCAUCAGGAUCUACAGAGACUACGGCGCCAUGGUCAUCUCCUACGGCAGCACCGGUCACGACUCCCAGAACCACGCCUGCCAUCUGGCCAAAGAGAACGGAUACCUCUACCUGGAAGAAGAUGAAAGUGCAGCGUACCUGGCAGGAUUGGGCACUGUGGGCAUGGAAAUUUAUGAGCAAGUGCCCAAACUGGACGCAGUGGUUGUUCCUGCAGCUGGACAGUAUGGUCUACUGGCUGGUACAGCCGCAGCCAUCAAACACCUCAACUCACGAAUUCUUGUCAUAGGAAUUGAACCAGAAGGUUUCCCGCUGUUGCUACAAUCUCUGAAAACUGACAGUCCAGUCAAAGACAUACACACCAACACCAACAAGAAGCUCUAUGGAGAUCUUAUGGGGCGUUCGCUGGGUGUUAACACCUUCCAGCUGGCAAAGAAACUAGUAGAUAAAGUCAUCUCUGUCAGUGAGGAGGACUCUCUGGUGGCGAUGCUGCGGUUUCAGGAGUUUGAACGCUCCACAGUGGACACAGAGGGAGCCAUGGGACUGGCUGCCAUCUUGGCUGGACAACUACCAGAACUGAGAGGCAAAAAGGUCGCUGUAGUGGUGAGCAGCGCAAACAUGGAGCUGGAGCUGGUGAGGCAGUGCGUGGACAGAGCCCUGGUGCUGGACGAUCGGGUCAGUAAGUUCUCUGUGCAGCUGGGAGAAUGGCCAGGAGACAUGGCUAGGCUGCUGGACGUCUUGUCCAGAGAGGACGUCAGGUUGUUGGACGUCUGCCAUCGGAGACAAAGUGACAAGUCAGACCUCUUCAAGGCAAAGGUGGAGUGUGUGGUGGAAACCAGGGAUAAGACACAGAGCGCUCAGCUGCGCAAGACUCUGAGUGAGCGCUACCCCUCUAUAUGCUGGCUGGACCGGUGAUCACAACAACAACACAAACUAUAUUCGUAAUAGAAAACUAAACGAGAAGAGGAAGUGACAUAUUCAUAAAAUGUGAGAUGACAACACAUCCUGUAACAUACACUACUAUGAUAUAUGAACUCUGUUAUAGGAAUCUCAUUAAGACAACGGCUGUUAAGCAAACCUAAGUGUAUACAUGAAGCCUUGAGAUUAUAGAGAAAAUACCAUUCAUAUUACUGAUACUGCUUAUGCUGCUAUUGUUCUUUAAUCAUAGCACCCUGUAAGUACAGUAAAGUGGUUAGGCUGCAUUCAGAGGAGGAACAUAUUUCUGUCAGUUUACCAUUAGUAAACUGUGUAUGAAUCAUACACUGUAGACGCAGGCUUACUCCUUUA